UCAUUUUAGUUCAGUUCGGUUGUUUAGCGCGGCUAAACCUCUUCCAACGGUCGGUGUGCGUAUACACUCGUAUAUGGGUGCCAGAAGGCAGUGUGAAAGGCCUCGCGAGUUUGACUUUGGUUCCAUCUAGAGUAUAAUUGCUGCUCGUAAUAAAAACGUACCAAUUAAAAGCCUUUGUGCCCCGUGGUGUACGCAAAUCCGUUUGCUAAAAAGGCGGAUAUCUAUAGUCCUUUAGAUAGUGGAGCUGAAAUUCAAAGAAAUUUGUUGAAAGUCCGGCUAGUAACUUGACAGGCAACGGACCGAGACUAUAUCGGAAGGUGUUACAGACCGUGGUACCUAGCAGUAACACAUACUCCAGAAUGGUUUUUUAAAACAUUAAUCAGCAACAGUGAAUGCACUGAAACUUGUUCGCCACAUCAGCCCACCUAAAUCGAAGCAGUUACAGCCGUCCAUUAACCUUAGGUCCACCUUGAUCGGAGAAAAGUACCAAAAAAUGGCCUGUGUAUCAGAUAUUGAUUUAGCCACAUUGCACAAACGCCGACUGGAAGAGCGCAUCAAUUAUAAACUGGCCUGGGGAACAGAAAAACGCAACCUCAAUUAUUUCAACUAUCAUCACCAUCAAAAUGCACAUCAAACACGACAGAAUGGCUUGAACGAAAUUGCAAUGAAAUGUUUGCAACAUAACAAUAAAAAGUAUAUUGUUCAUGGUAGAGGGAAAUCAAAAACAACCGCUGCUUCCACGAACGACUCUCAAGAUGGGUUCCAUUUGCAAAGAGAGAAUCAACCACAGUACAAUCAACAUUCCAGUAGAAAAGAUGGCAAAAAGACAAAUGGCUGUGAUAUUUUAAAUGGAAAUUUAGAUAAAUUAUCAUUAGGAAAUAAUGUAGAUGAAAAGAACGGCAAUGUUGCUGGAAAUUCACUAACUGACAAUGGCAACGGUAACAUCAAUGUGCAUGAGGAAGACACGGAGUUUUACUUUUCGGGGAUGAAAACGCGAAGCCGCUCAGGAACGUGGCCGCGGACAAGAAGUUUAAACGCCCCAUCGCCAUUUCAACAAUUUGGACCAUGUGGACGAAUAAUGAAGAAUUCUGCGAUGGUUAUGCAAAUUCAAGAUCCAGCUAGCCAGCGAUUAACUUGGUACAAACCACCCUUAACUGUUCUGGUUAUAAAGAAAGUUCGAGAUUCUACAGUUCUUUCUCCUUUCGUGCAAUUGGUUGAAUGGUUGGUGCAGGAGAAAAACAUGGUAGUAUGGGUGGAGGCAGCUGUACUUGACGAUCCAUUACUUGUAGAGGAUAAACGGUUUCAACAAAUUAAAGAUAAAUUAGUUACUUUCAAGGACGGCCGUGAUGAUUUAACAGAUCGAAUCGACUUCAUAGUAUGCUUGGGCGGUGAUGGUACACUUUUAUAUGCAUCAUUACUAUUUCAACAAUCAGUUCCACCGGUGAUGGCCUUUCAUUUGGGUUCAUUAGGAUUUUUGACACCAUUCCAAUUCGAUAACUUUCAAGAUCAAGUAACAAAUGUCCUGGAAGGACACGCAGCUUUGACGUUACGCAGUCGACUGCGUUGUAUAAUUGUUCGUAAAGGGGAACGUUACAAAGAGGCUUUAACCGAUAAUGAAACUUCGUCUGAUCGAACAGAAACCGCUGCAUCAAAUCAUCUUUUUAGUGAUAAUCAACAAACUCCGAAUAUGAGAGCAUCGACAAAUAUUUUGGUACUUAAUGAGGUAGUAAUCGAUCGUGGACCAUCACCAUAUCUUAGUAACAUUGACCUAUUCCUUGAUGGAAAGCAUAUAACGUCGGUGCAGGGUGAUGGUUUAAUUGUAUCGACCCCAACAGGAAGUACAGCGUACGCUGUGGCGGCUGGUGCGUCAAUGAUUCACCCAUCGGUGCCUGCUAUUAUGGUGACUCCAAUAUGCCCACAUUCUCUUAGUUUCCGGCCCAUAGUUGUUCCCGCUGGAGUUGAACUCAAGAUUUCGAUUUCACCCGACAGUCGAAACACUUCAUGGGUCUCCUUCGACGGACGGAAUCGCCAAGAACUAUUCCACGGUGAUAGCUUACGUGUGACCACUUCAAUCUAUCCAGUGCCAAGCAUAUGUGCUCAAGAUCAAAUUUCGGAUUGGUUCGAUUCGUUGGCAGAAUGCUUACAUUGGAACGUCCGUAAACGACAAAAAUGUCUUGAUGAAUUGUCAGAUCUAACCGGAUCGGGAUCGGAGGACACUUUAGAUGAUCUUGACAGAGCAAAUGAUUCUCUGCUUGAUAGCUAGGAAAGACAGUGGUAGGCGUGGGAAUCAAUGGCGAGCAGAAGGGGAUGAGUUUUGGAUUGAAGGGUGAUAGUGUUUCAAGUGGAUAUUAGAAAAGGUUAUGAAUUGUUAAGAUCCUGUUUUUAAAACAACUCUCAAAUUUGUAUGAGGUUGAGAUAUGAAUUGAUAGUAUAAGGCCUACAAAUAAGUUCUCUCGGUUUUUUUUUUUUUUAAAUUUGAAGCUUUAUUGUGAAAAAUUGGUUAUACAUUCAUUGUUCAAAGUAUUGCCCAUCGCUAGCCACAACUUUCUUCCAUCU